AUGUCAUCGGGAUUCCACCCAUUUGGAGGGCGAGUAAGCAGACGCUUCGGCGACAAGAUACAUGGUACAGNNUCCCUGCAACCUGACGACGCAUAUCUCAGCUUGACGGUCGAAGACGUCGACUGCAUUAAGAACGACUGGCUCACCGAUAACGCCAUUGCCUUUUGGGAAGAAUACCUCGAACACGAAAAACUAAACGCCUACCCCAAAGCCCGCAUCGUCCUCCUCCGCCCCAGCAUGGCCUUUAUGCUCCUCCAAACCAACGACCCCAUGAGUCUAAAGUCCGCCCUGCCGAGCUUCGAACACACAACCCACAUCUUCCUCCCCGUAAACGACUGCCGCGACGUCGAAACCGCAGAAGGCGGGUCCCACUGGAGUUUACUGCUCGUCAGCGUCGUCGACGGUGUAGCCUUCCACUACGAUUCACUCUGCCCAUCCAACAUGGAGGAGGCCAAGAUGCUGUCGCACCAUAUCUCUCAAUUACUCCAAAAGCCGCUGAAAUUUGUGAAUUUGGACGAUUCGCCGCAGCAGGAGAAUGGGAGUGAUUGUGGUGUUUUUGUGUGUUUGUUGAUGCAGCAUUUGUUGCUUGGAAGGUUGUUGCAGGCGCAUGCGCAAGACAAGGUUAGCAUGAGUAUGAAGGGCAAAAACGUGGAUGCGACGGGAGGUAGAAAGGAGAUGUUGAGGGUGAUUGAGAUGUUCAGGAAAGAGGGGGAGAGGAGACGCUCGUGA